ACGGACCGUUCACUGGCUGUUGUUGGUUCUGCCUUCAGCUUCGCCUGUGAUGGGAAAUGGGACGCAGAUUGAGCGCCAUACUCUUAUUACCAGAUUAUUCCAGUAUCAUGAGACGACAAGGAUUUGAAUGACUUCGGUUGUUCACCUGCUUCGCGAUAUGUCUACAGCGAUGCUCAGUACUACUACCAACAAGCUGAAUGUAUUGGUCAACAAGCUGCAUGAGUACUUGGCUCACUCCACUGUUGAGGACAGCAAUGGCAAACCAACCCUAGAGGAUUCUGAAGGUCUGACAAACUGGAGCUGCUCUGUGGGAACAGGUCAUACUGCAGCAGAGGCAGGAGUGGAUGCCAGGUACUCAAGAAGAAAACCUUCUGUUGUCAUAAAGCAUUCUGGUCUGGAUGAGUCUGGGGACUCAAAUGCAAGUGUGGACUUGGAUUUACCAUUUAAUGCAAAUGGUCACCUUGAUAUGACUAGACUGCCUAAAGGCACUAUAUUAGUCAGGCCUGAACCAGUUGAUAAUGGAAGAGAUGACUUCAGGGGUCCUGAGUUUCGCAGCCGCAAAUCCGGUGUACUGCGGAAAGAUUUCUCAAGAAGACGUGGAGGAGUUGAACACAUCGGAAUUGUCAGUUGCACUGCAUGUGGCCGACAAGUUAACCACUUCCAGAGAGAUUCCCUCUACCGGCAUCCAGUUCUGAAAGUACUUAUUUGCAAGUCUUGCUACAAGUAUUACUUAAGUGACGACAUCAGUAAGGAUGGAGAUGGAAUGGAUGAGCAGUGCAGAUGGUGUGCUGAAGGAGGAAAUUUGAUCUGUUGUGACUUCUGUAGUAAUGCCUUUUGCAAGAAGUGCAUUCUAAGAAAUUUGGGAAGGAAGGAGCUGUCUGGCAUCUUGGAGAGUAAAUGGUACUGCUAUGUGUGUAGUCCGGAUCCCCUUUUCGACUUGGUUGUGGCCUGUGACAAUGUCCUGGAGAGCAUGGAGCAUCUGUGGCAUCAGCAGCGCAAGAGGAACCGAGCGGAGCCAGGGAAAUCUGGACUUUAUCACAUGUUGCCACACUUGCCACAAAACAUUCCUUUGGAUAAAUGGGAUCACACUGGUAUGGAUGGUAACGUGGUUUUCAACUAUAACACACUGCAGAUUCCCAAGGACUUGACCAAAAAGGCCAAACACUUAGUGGACACAACAAACACCUUAAACCGAACAUUUGUCAAUUUCAUUCAUACUGUGACAAGAAACAAACAAGCACCUGGUGUUCGCCAGCUGUAUCUGAAGUCUUUUUUGUCAGUAGUUAAAGGCUUGCGAAAAUCACUUGUCAUACUUGAGGAUAGCCUGAAGGAAGAAUUCAGUGACUUGGAUGUAUUGAACUGUUGGGAAAAGUUCCUUAGUGAUGACUUUGAUGCACAAACUGUAACAGACACAGAGCCGGAGAUCUCUGAAGAAAGAUGCUUUGGCAACUUGCAGAAAUUGGCAGCUGAACAUUUGGAAAACGAUGAUGAUUCUGACUCCAAGGGUUUCGUAGAUGGGAGAAGUACAUAUGACUGCCCUGGGGAAGACAUGGAUUCAGAUUCACAUGAAGCCAGGCAGAGUUCACAAAACAUUGGCCCGAAGCUGUCAGAAACAGGGGUCAACAUGACUAAAAAAUUAGUAGUAAAACUUACACCUGUACCUAUGGAUCAGAAGCCUUCCUCUCAUGCCCCAAAGAUGGAGGAGGGCAUCCACAUGAAGGAUAAACAGUCUGAGGGAAAAGAUGUACCAGAAGAUAAAGAGACAGCUGACAGCAAGAUGAGCAAUGACAAUUCUAGUGCAUUUCAACACUUAGAAGAGGAACAUGGCAAGAGACGGUCUCCUCGCGUAAAGACGACCCCUUUGCGCCGACCAAGUGAUGUCACAGGCAAAUCGUCUCUUACUGCAGCAGACAGUGACAGUGACUCUGACCCAGAGGAAACUCCCAGCACAGUACCUGCAAAAAACACUGAAGAACAAAGUCUAAGCAGAGCAAGAGACGACUCUGACUCAGAUGAAGUCCCUGCAGCUCUGCUUGAGCGAGCAGCUCUGACGCAAAGCUCUGAUGACCCGCAGAGUGAUGAGGAUGGUGGAAAAGCGUCAACUAAGGUGGCCAAGAAAUGUCUCUUUUGGCUCACUAAGAACACCCCGAUGUCGCCAGAGAAGAUGCGCCGCAAACGCAAGAUGCUGGACCGCUCCCCCAAGUCUGACUCAAGUGACAGAAGAGUCAAAGCUCGAAGGGAAAGUGGGACAGAUUUCUCCAGUGAUGAGCAAGACUCCCAGAAGAAAAUGCAACACUUGAAAAGGCUGAGGUCAAUAGGGAAGCCUCACCUCAUCAAAAGAGAGGAGAAAGGUGUGGCUAAAAAGCACGAUAGGAUACAGGCUGGGAAGUCUAAGGCUAAAUCUCGUCAGGAAGCAAUGGAGUCGUCAACCUCAUCGAGUGAAGAUGAACGUGAUGAUGACUCUGGAAGUGACGGAAGUGAUCAGAAGAUAAAGCCGAUCACUGAAGAUGAGGCCUUACUGGGAGCAGCAGCAUUCCACCAAUCAUCAGGAGAUGAGGAGCACUCCGGGCUCUCGUGGGCAGCAGAAGAUGAUGAUGAUCCAGAAAAUAGAAUCGCUAAGAAAAUGCUAUUGGCCCAAAUCAAAGCCAACUACUCCUCGGGUGAUGAUAUCUCUUCGGAUGAGGAAACGCAGGAGGAUGAAUCUGAUGAGUCGGACGAUAACAAGGAGGUCAGACAAGGCAAUAAGGAUAAUGGAACAGAUGAAAAUGGGGAAGACUUGGCCUCAGAAUCAUCUGACACCAUGUCCGGUGGGCCAAAGACAAGGCAUCAUCUGCUACGCCACAAACUCACCUUGGAUGAGGAAACAUCAAGUAAUAAGGCGGCGGCAGAGAGUGAAGUAGGAAAGCAGGAGAGCAAGAAAAAAGCCAGCAGCAAAUGUCUGAGCUCUGAUGGUGGAAGCAGUGGUGACAAUACAGAGUCGAACCUGGAUGACCUUGGCAUGAGCGAGGAGCUGAGUCAGUCAGAGGAUGAGACAGAAGAAGAAAAGCUUAAAAGCUCCAGAUUAACCAGGAAAGUGAAGGAAACACCCCGUAGUUUCAAACAGACGAAAGAAGUGCCCUGCAUUUUAUUGUCUGACACAAGCACUGAAGAGAGUGAUCAAGAGGAUGGAGAAGAGGAUGGAGAGGAGGAUAUCGACUCUAAGGGCACUCCCAAAAGACGCAAAAAGAUCCGCAAAAUCAUUGAAGAUGUGAAUCUUCGUGCUGAGACCCAGGAAGCGCUGAGAGAGGAGGAGGAGAGAUGCAAACGGUUGGCAGAUCGGGAUCAACAAAUGGAAGACAGGAGAGAGGUAUUUGUUAUAGCGGAUGAGCUGUCUCAAGUGGCGUGUCCCAUCACCACCAAGCUGGUCCUGGAUCAGGAUGAGGAGACCAAGAAGCCCCUUGUUCAGGUGCACAGGAACCUGGUGACAUGCCUGAAGCCUCACCAGGUGGAUGGUGUCCAGUUUAUUUGGGACAGCUGUUGUGAGUCUGUAAAGAAGGCCAACUCUUCUCCAGGAUCAGGCUGUAUACUGGCACAUUGCAUGGGCCUGGGGAAGACUCUGCAGGUGGUAACAUUCCUCCACACAGUCCUGCUGUCGAGAAACCUGAAAUUCAGAACAGCCCUGGUUGUGUGUCCACUUAAUACUAUCCUCAACUGGGUCAGCGAGUUCAAAAAAUGGCAAGGAACCAUGGGAAAGGACACAGUCAAGGUUACAGAACUGGCUACAAUAAAGCAUCCUUCAGAACGACUUGGAGCUCUGCAGAGUUGGCAGAGAGAUGGAGGUGUUUUGAUAAUUGGUUAUGAGAUGUACCGCAUCCUGUCACUAGGCCAGAAAAUCAACAACGAGCAGUGGAAGACAGAGUUAAAGAGCAUACUGGUGGACCCCGGCCCAGACAUUGUGGUUUGUGACGAAGGGCACAUCCUGCGCAAUGAUGCGUCCAAUAUCUCCAAAGCUAUGAAUGCUGUCACGACCCGACGAAGAGUGGUGCUAACUGGCACACCACUGCAAAAUAACCUGAUUGAGUACCACUGCAUGGUCAAUUUCAUCAAGAAGAAUCUCCUGGGCUCAUUGGGCGAAUUCCGAAACCGGUUUAUCAACCCAAUACAGAACGGGCAAUGUGCUGACUCCACGCCAAGAGAUGUCAGAAUCAUGAAGAGGCGAGCACAUGUACUUCAUGCAAUGUUGGCUGGAUGUGUGCAGAGAAGAGAUUACUCUGAGUUGACACAGUUUCUACCUCCCAAACAUGAGUACGUGCUGGCGGUGAGGGUUUCCCCGCUUCAGUAUAAGUUGUACCGCCACUACCUUGACCACGUCGCUGGUGUGGGUUCAAUGGUUAACGCAGCAAAGAUAAGGACUAGAGCAAACCUGUUCAAGGACUUUCAGGUGCUCAGCCGAAUUUGGACUCAUCCCUGGUGCCUUCAGCUCAGCUAUGUCAGCAAAAUAAAAAAGGGACAUUUUGAAAAGAAGAACCAAGUUAAAGCAGCAGCUCUGCUGAGAAAUGAAGAUGUCACUCUGCCUGAGAGUGGACUGAAAGAGAACGAAGGAACAGAAGAGACAAACCCCAACAACAGUACAAUGGUUAGCGCUGCUGUGUCCAAAGGCGCUCUAGUAGUGGAAGGAGAGAAAGCAACCACUAGCUCAAAGUCUCAGAGUGCAGAUGAGGGCUGGUAUAAGAAUCUGCUGUCUGAUGUGGAUGCCAAAAUCCUGGAGCACUCAGGGAAGAUGGUGCUCUUGUUUGAAAUUCUCAGAAUGGCCGAAGAUCUUGGGGAUAAAGUGCUUGUGUUCAGUCAGUCCCUGAUCUCAUUAAACCUAAUUGAGGAUUUUCUACAGGCUUCUCACAAUGCAAGAAGCCCAUCAUCAUCCAAAGCAGGCAGCUGGAUUAAAAACAUUGAUUAUUACCGUCUGGAUGGCUCCACCAAUGCUACAUACAGGAAGAAAUGGGCAGAUCAUUUCAACAGUGCUGCCAAUGUCCGCGGACGAUUGUUUCUCAUCUCAACGAGAGCUGGCUCGCUUGGCAUAAACCUCGUGGCAGCCAACAGGGUCAUCAUUUUUGAUGCCUCAUGGAAUCCCUCCUAUGACAUACAGAGCAUAUACAGGGUGUACCGCUUCGGUCAGCUGAAACAAGUGUGUGUGUACCGCUUCUUAGCUCAGGGCACAAUGGAGGAGAAGAUCUAUGAUCGUCAGGUGACCAAGCAGUCUUUGUCCUAUCGAGUGGUGGAUCAGCAGCAGAUUGAGAGGCACUUCACCCUUUUUGAACUGACUGAACUGUAUAUAUUUGAGCCGGACCUGCUGAACGACCCAAACUCUAAGAAAAGCAAGAGACCCAGUUCUGUUUCGCCGAAGGAUAAGGUCCUGGCACAACUGCUGCAAACCUGUAAAGACCAGAUAGUGUCCUACCACGAGCAUGAAUCUCUGCUGGACCAUAAACAAGAGGAGGAGCUCAGUGAAGCAGAACGCAAAGAUGCCUGGGCUGAGUACGAGGCCGAGUCAAACACAUCCAACCUUUCAGUCAGUGUGAGCCAGGAAACACUGGAGAAGAGGAGCAAUGAAGAAUUAUUGGAAUUGCUUAACAAGUGCAGAAAAAAUGUAUCGGUGGCCUUCUUGUCAAUGCAGAAGACGAAGUCUCACACUAUUGAAGACUACCUGUUAAAAGUGUGGCACCAGUAUCCUCAACUGCCUGAAGACCACAUUAAGACCAAGGCUGAGAUUUGGAGGCUGUGUGAUGAGAAGGAGCAGGAGCGUAGACAGGCCUUUUAUCGAGAAAUCCUUGCACAGCAACAAACCCUCACACUCAGCAUUCAGGCCAUACUGAACAGUCGAAGAAAUCAGUGAGGCAGACGACCAUGAUCAUUGUGAACCAGCCCAGACAGACUGUGAUUGUACUGGUAAAACACAGCAAUGCCUUUGUUCUUUAUUACAUUAUAGGGACCUUCUUUAAUCACUGCUGUACCAGUGAAUUGAAUGUAUCAUUAACCAAUAUGGUAACGAGAGUACACUGCACCCAAAACAUUAAAACAACAUAGCAGCAGCAUGUAAUCAGGUGUCAUAGAACCAUAUCUCCAAUCCUUAAGAGUUUCAAGUGUCACAUUAUUGCAAUGUUCAGUUUUGAUUUGUAACACUCUGAGCACUUUAACUUUCAUAGGAUAUGUAGUUAAGUUGUACAAAUGAUAGUGUUGGCAAAAACCUUGUAGUUCUUCAGCUGCUUCUCACCGAAAAUAAUAUUCUGUGGAGAACAUAAAGUUGAUGGUUUCAACACUGGAUGUUUACUAUACAUGCCUUACCUUUUCUAUUGUUUAACAUUUAUAUGUUUCUUACCAGUUGUUAUAAUUCUUUAAUAAAUCAACAAAAAACCUAA